UUUUGUUUUUAAAAGGAGAUGAGCAUUUAGAUAACAUGGAUUUCUAUGGCACCACGUUCGUAGAAGAGGAUGGAUGUGAUGGAUUUAUGGGUUUUAUUUUUGGAUAUCAGUCGACCUCAACAUUUUAUCUUGUUCUUUGGCGCCGUAACCAUCACAACUUUAAUUUAUAUGGAGGAAUAAAAGGGCCACACAUUAAGCUCAUAGACACAACUCAUACCCCUGGCGAUUUUUUCAAUCUACUGUACAUGGGUUCUACCAUAAAGGACUUCUCAAAGACACUCUGGCAUGAUCCAGAUCUGCAAGGCUUUGAGUGUAACACAGCGUACAGAUGGCAUAUAACCCACCGCCCAUCUACUGGGUACAUGAGAUUAAUAAUAAAACACAACAACACUGUGAUGGUCGAUUCUGGGCCUGUAUAUGACUCGAGUAUUCUCGGAGGACGUUUGGGAGUGUUUGCGUUUGAUCAAAUUGCAGUGAUUUGGUCAAAUCUGCGCUACGAAUGUAAGACAAGACAAAAUUAUGCUUUGAAGAUGGAUGGUGUUGAUGACUAUGCGGAGAUUGGAAUGUUGCAUCAGUUAGGAAUAGAAGAAAGUUUUACCUUAGAAGCUCUGGUCAAGUUGCCGACUGGGUAUGGUAGUGCACGGUAUCCUAUCAUCUGUACUAAUGGAUCAUCUUUAUGCAUGUUUAUCGAAGAUGGUGUAUUGAAAGGACAAAUUGCAGGACAUCUGGCUGAAGGAACCACUACCUUAACCUCAAGCAAGUGGAUACACGUGGGGAUGAGAUACAAUGCACAAGAGAGAAAACUUGCACUAAUUCUCGAAAAGACAACGUCUGGGUUACAGGCCGAUAUACCAAUUGACGAACGCAUAUUACUGAAUGAAAAUGAGACCUUGUAUAUUGGCUACGAUGGGACGAAUUUUUUCAAAGGAGAAUUAGACGAGAUACGUGUGUACAAUAUAGAGUUGCCCAGUACAGAUCUGGAUGACUUUGUGAAAGAGGCGUCUUUGCACAGACUGACCAAUAGAUACCUACUUGGAGCACAUUAUAAUAUGGAAAAUACUUCCGGUUCAAUGUUAAUAGACGGAAGCUACAAUGGAAGGAAUGCCAGUCUUUUUGGAAGUCCUAGUAUAGUGGAAAGUUCAACAGACUUCAAACGUUACGAUCUUGCAAACAACUAACAAGUGGAAAGAAGAUGAUAUACUACAUACAUACUCACUCACACACACAAGCGCGCGCGCGCACACACACCCCAAGCUCCCAAUCCUUUAUUGUUGUUCCAGUCCAGCUGGUCUUCUCAUUUCUUUCCUACACAUCUUUUGUAGAGAAGACAUAUAUUUUUGGUAUCACAUAGUGAUAUUGCAUGUGUUUGAGAUAUAUUUAAGACAUCUGAUUGGCUAAUAGUUUUAUAGUUGCAAAAGACGUUUAAAUUUCUUUCAUACCUGGUUUAUUAAGGAUAUAAAAAUAUAAAACUACCUUUAUGUGCGUGUAGUAUACUCGUGUAGUAUGAUCUAUGACACCAGCUCCUAUCUAACGUCUACUCGUGUAGUAUGAUCUAUGACACCAGCUCCUCUCUAACGUCUACUCGUGUAGUAUGAUCUAUGACACCAGCUCCUAUCUAACGUCUACUCGUGUAGUAUGAUCUAUGACACCAGCUCCUAUCUAACGUCUACUCGUGUAGUAUGAUCUAUGACACCAGCUCCUAUCAAACGUAUACUCAUGAUCUAUGACACCAGCUCCUAUCUAACGUCUACUCGUGUAGUGUGAUCUAUGACACUAGCUCCUAUCUAACGUCUACUCGUGUAGUGUGAUCUAUGACACCAGCUCCUAUCUAACGUCUACUCGUGUAGUGUGAUCUAUGACACCAGCUCCUAUCUAACGUCUACUCGUGUAGUAUGAUCUAUGACACCAGCUCACAUCUACUCAUGUAGUAUAAUCGAUGACACCAGCUCCUCUCUAACGUCUACUCGUGUAGUAUGAUCGAUGACACCAGCUCCUAUCAAAACGUCUACUCAUGAUCUAUGACACCAGCUCCUCUCUAACGUUUACUCGUGUAGUAUAAUCUAUGACACCAGCUCCUAGUUAACAUUUACUCGUGUAGUACGAUCGAUGACACCAGCUCCUAUCAAACGUAUACUCAUGAUCUCUGUCACCAGCUCCUAUCUAACGUCUACUUGUGUAGUAUGAUCUAUGACACCAGCUCCUAUCUAACGUCUACUCGUGUAGUAUGUUCUAUGACACCAGCUCCUAUCUAACGACUACUCGUGUAGUAUGUUCUAUGACACCAGCUCCUGCUUUUUAUCUUCGUCUACCAUUCAACUCCACAUCCCAGUCCUCGUAUCUCCGACUGUUUUACGUGCUUGUCUGUUGUAACUGUUUAUUCCACAUACUUGAUGUAUCAAGGAACCCUUACAACCACCUACUAUGCUCCUCUGCAAUAGACGAUUUGGUGGUUUGUUUUUUGUUGGGUUUGUUUUGGGGGUUUUCGGGGGGGGGGGGGGGGGUAGGAGGGGGAACACCUUCGAUAUCCUUGUCAAAUAAUGUAUAAAUAUAAUUAUCCAUAUAUUAUUAUUAUGUGCUUCAUACACACACAAACUGUGAUAAAAAUCGUGUUUUAUUUAUUUAGUUAUGUACAUGUGCUGAUAUUUUAGAAUAAAAAAUGGGUCCUCAAAACAUACCAACCAUAUAUGACCGUAGUGAUAUCGGGCUAAAUUUAUACAUACUAGUAGGCGGUGUCAUGAAUAACAACUGUUUUAAUGCAUUGUAUAGUAUCAGCUUUAUUAUUAUGAGUUAUUGGUUUGACUGCACGCGUACAGUACGUGUCUGGUUACACAUACAAGAUGUAGAGAGAAUUGUGCGUACGGUAUGUUUGUUUACAUCAUCAAGAACAGUUUUCACUGACCUCUGUCUUGUGUAGUUUUACAUGUGUGAGAUGAGUGUUGGGAGUUGCAGUCCUCGUAAUGUCAAACUAGAAAGGGCGUUAUCGUUAAGGGUCCCGUUUUACGAAGCGAUCGUGGAGCCAAAAUCACCUCAAGUGCGUGCAUACUGUAUUUAAGCACGAAAGGUGAUUUCAACGCUAAGAUCGCCUUGUAAAACGGGGCCCUAUCCUGCGGUUUUUGAAGAUAUCUUAGCGUUACGAUAUCGUAAACCGAUGUUGUAACGUCAAAGCUUACGACAGUUUUAAAAUAUAUCGUAGCGCUAAAAUAGCUGUGAAAAUAUGUAGCCUGGUCCCGUUUUCCAAAGCAAUCUUAGCGCUAAGAUCAUCUUAAGUGCAUAACUACCAGUGUAAAUAAAGUAUUGUCUUGCACUUAAGGUGAUCUUAGCGCUAAGAUCGCUUCGUAAAACGGGGCCAAGGCAGUGGUAGCCGUCAUGUAAUAUGAAGCGCAUGAUGGAUAUUCUUGGGAACAAUUAUCAACUUUUUCACUCUGCCUUGUGCAAAGAUAUGAUUUUGAAUAUAAUAACUUAUUGUGCAGAUUCUGUAAUUAUGUUUUUCAAACUUAUAUUACAAGAUAUUUCCUUCUGUGUAUAUAACUAUAUCAAGUGGAAUAAAUAACUCGAUGGUACAU